AUGCUCAUGACGGAGUGCGAAUCGGAGGGCACCGCAGCUAUUGGGAGCGGCAACGUCCUUCGGUGGGCUGAGAGCGAGACAUUGACGGAUUACCUGGGCCGAAUCUAUCCCCAGUCAACAUCGAUGGACGUUCCUAAAGACCUCAUCGACUUGAAAAACCUCAGAUGUCACAUUCUAGCUAGGGACGCUGGUAUUAAGAUCCAACAAACAGAAAAGCUUUCUGAUCACCUGUACCUCAGACACAGCCCAGGGAGUAAGAUCCUCCUUGUUUUCUCUCACCGAGCAUUCCUCGAACAUAGUCGGGAGAGAUUGAGCGUAAUCCGCCAGGAUCUGAGCCACUCUACAGAUGAGGCAUUAUCAUUAGGAUGCCUACCUGCAAAGCUCGUCGAUGAGACAUUGAGAAGUUACAACCUCCUCUUCCCGCCCAUCGGAAACGCCAAAUCUAGGAAGCUCUUACGGGAAUGGGUUAAGCGUGAAAGACUAGACGAAAGCCUCUUGAACCCCUCCUUCGACCAUUCCAAGAGAGACCCUCCCCGGACUUUACACGAUCUCUACGAGGAUUUCCCAUACUGGGCCCCCCAAUUGGCCCGUCUACUGGAAGAAGUCGAUGAUCCGACCCCGACAACACGGUGGGAGAGAUACGCAGAGCGGAGAAAGUCCCACCGGCACACAUACAAGUGCGCCAUCGCCGCGCUUGUAGUGGCUGCCGUAUCGGGGACGCUGGCGACAUUGUUGGCGGCAGUUCAAGUAUGGAUAUCGUAA